AUGGCUUCAGAGCGGGAGUCACAGCACUCGCUGCUAUCCAAAGAUUCCCUCGACACACAGCCCCAACGUUCUUGGAAUCCACUAAGUAAUCGCCUAACCCACUCGGACUACGACUACCAUCCCCCUUCCGAGGUAACCUGGUCCGAAGAAGUCCUGCGCGAUGUGGGUCUUGGCAUCUCGAACUCAGCAGGCAAUGCCAUGCCGGCAGACGACCCCAUUCCUGCAGACCGGCGCCAUUCAACCGACAGCACCGCCACUACGACUCCAGAUUCUACGUACAGGAUUCCCCAGACUCCCCAGACUCCACAUUCUCCACAUUCCCACGCCCACGUGCGGUGCCGCAAUCGAGCAACUGUUCUCCAGAAACGGCUCUCCUGGGUCCCGUUGACAGUCUUGGUUCUCGCCAUCUAUGCGACCAUCUUUUCAGGUAUUUAUCUUGUCAUUGCGCUGCGCAAGCCCCGAUGGCACGAUAUCUCUAGUAAGGGGCCAGUGGCUCCAUCCACAGCAACUUUACUGAGCGCCUUCUUUGCGAAGACCAUCGAGUUAGCCUAUGUUACAAUCUGUGUCGCGUUCCUGGGACAGGUGCUUAGUCGGAGGGCUUUAAUGAGGGAUUCUCGAGGAAUCAGUAUCUCAGAUAUGAAUAUGAGGGCCUGGAUUAUGCAACCUGGAUCUAUGAUUGUACAUUGGGAGGCGUUGCGAUAUUCCGCACUCACUUUCCUCGGGUCGGUUGCGUUGGUUGCAACGUUCGUGGCGAUGCUAUACACCACUGCGGCGCAAGCUUUGGUCGCCCCCAAACUCUCUCUUGGUCCUAUUGAACCAACGAUGUUGCAAGGCAAGGUAACGGCCAGCUUCGCAAACUCCAACUACAUCGCAUCUGUCUGCGAUACACCCGUCACCAACGACAUGGACGUGCUCUAUCGCAACACAACCUGCCUUCAAAUUGUACACGCCGGUCACGCAUAUCACAACUACCAACAAUGGAUAUCCCGUUGGAGCCAGCUAGUUGGUGGCAGUAAUGAAACCUCAAGCCAGCUCCAAAAGCGCCCACCGCCAACAGGCUCACUCUGGGACAACACCACAGUAACAGGCAGCUGGAUCGACAUCCAAGACAUGUCGACUCUCUCCAAGAAAUACAAGCGAAUGAUCAACAACAUCACAAUGGCAAUGCCGCACGGCGGCAUCCCCGCCGCAGCAAUGAACACUAAAAACAACCUCAGACAGCCCUCAGACACCUCCGGCGACGGCAAAUACAACAUCGAAGCCUCCGUCCCCUCGCCAGCAAUAAACGUCCUCUGCGCAGGAAUGACCGAAGAUGAUCUCAAACCCUUAGUCUACUCCUCCUGGCCCGAGGGCCGCAAGGAUUUCAACAUGACGACCUGGAAUUCCGCCACCCCGGGCCACAUGCCCCACCCCCCAUCCUGGCGAAACCGGACCAACGUCGACGAACUCUUCGAAUUCAGCUCGGAAGCCGGCCAUAUCCCACCCAUCUUCGGAAAAUACCCAGAACCAUUCAACACAAUCCUCAACGGAACAGGUCCCUGGCCCACAAACGCUCUCUACCUCCUAGGCGCAACGCCACGAUCCAAAGACAAAGAGCCCGACCCAAACAUGCCACAGUACGUGAUGUGCGCACUGCGCACGAAACAAACAGGCGUAUGCACGACCAAGUACUCCGCCGACUCGAGCGGCGCAUCCCUCAGCACGGACUGCGAGAACCCAUCAAACAAACUACAAUACGACAAACUCCAAGACUCAUUUCUAGAGGGGUAUUGGAAUGCAGACUGGAAGAAUAUUGCAUCCGAGUGGGCGAAUUCGCUCAGUCUGAACGCCGGUAUCUCAGACGGCGCGGCUAGUAAUGCCAGACUGCUGAUGCAGAUGAUGCCGCGAUACAACAAGACUGAGAAGACAUUCGCUCUAGACCCAAAAUUACCGUCUAUCUCCGAGGCUUUGGCGGUGAUGGCAGGUAGCACGCUCAUCCUCAGCUCACAGGAUGCGCCAUUCGUUCCGUUUUGGAAUUACACCACAACUAGUCUUUCAGAACCUGUUUACCAGCUUUUCAAUGCUUCCAUCCAGGCUGUCGGAUAUGCAUCUGGUGGGACAGAGAAAUGGCAAGGGGUAUUCUAUGUGAUUCUUGUAUUCGCAUUCUUGACCAGCGCUGUGUGUCUCGGGUUUAUGAUUGUCGAAGCGCGGGGUCGACAAGUAACGGACUUCACUGAGCCGCAGAACCUGUUCGCACUUGCUGUGAAUAGUCCUCAGACAACGCAGUUGGAGGGUGCUUGUGGGUGUGGACCUUGGGGAGAGCAGUUGAAGGAGAGGUGGUUUAUUGGGAUGGAGGAGGAUGAUGAGCAUUAUUAUAUUCGGAGUAAAGCUGAAGAGAAGAUCCCGCUUCUUCGGAAGACGGUGGAUUCAAUGCCUUUGGAGCCGAUGGAGAUUGAGGAUGGAGGUGGGGGUGGGAGGAUGCUUAGUCCUAUGGUUGAUGAAUUUAGGAGGGUCUCGAAGCGGCAUUCGUUUUUGGCGAAGCUGUAUUGA